GCCAAAAACAAGUCCGAUCUUCGAAUCGCAUCACCAAUAUCAAACAUCAGCAUCAAAUUCCUUGCAACAACUUUGCCCACUUUUCAAAAAGUCGCAUAACCUUUCGAAACAACAAAAAUCAUGACAUCUUCAUCUCUCGCAUUCUCCGGCGCUGCAUCGAGCGAAAUCGCAGCUUCAUCAACAUAUCGCCGCGCCAUGAGCAAACAAGCUUCCCGCCACCUUUACAACUACCGUCUCAACACCUCUGAGCCUCAAAAUGCUUAUUCUUCAACAUCAACAUCAUCACAUCACCGCAAAAGCACUCGCACACAUCAAACCGGCCUUACACAAAACCAUCAUGCGUCACGUCAACUCACCACUGCCAUCGCUCCUCCACGCCGUCAUCCAGGUGUGGAACUGCCAGAAGCAAGUGCAUCUCAACAUCAAGCAAUGUAUCUCGAAUACCUGGAUCUAGUCGCUGCAGGAAAAAUUACCGAUCCUGCUAGUCCUCCUGAUUAUCAGAAUUAUGGGAUCAGGGAUGGGGAAGAGGAGGUGCCAGAAUUCGCACCGCCGAGUUAUGAGCAAGUUUUGGGAGAAAAUGGUGGAUAUGAGGAUGUCAACAGGGGAAGUAGGAGUAGCAGGGGAAGGGAUGAAGAAAGAAGAAGAAGAAGAAGAAGAAGGGGGGUGGUGUUUCGACCAACACAAUCAACACAACCUUCGCCAGCAACACAACCUUCGCCAACACCGGCUAUUCAAGAAUUACAACUCAUACGAAUAACCACUCCUAUCCCAACGACUCUACCACCUCGACCGAAAUCGGUGAAUUUCUUCUCUAGACUCGGCAAUAAAUUUAGAGUUUCAAGGGCAGGAUAGGGAGGAUGGGGGAUGUAGUUGUGCAGUACAUCAAGAGGGUGUAUGGGGAUUGAAGCAUUUAUGGAGAGGGGGAGGACAGGGGCGGGAGAGGAAAAACAUUCGCUACUCUUUUUUCCCUAAUAAAGGGGUUUUUAACGAGAGCGAAGCCACAAUCAUUGAAUAAAGACCAG